AUGAUGGCCGGCGAACUUACAAUCGGCGUUCUGCAAAUGCGGCCGCUGUCGACGUACCUUCAGGAGGAGAUUUCCAAACGAUUCCUUCUCUUCAAGUACUGGCAAGUACCGCCAGAUCUCCGCCGCGAAUUCCUCGCGGAGCACGCCGCGUCAAUCAAGGCAGUGGUGGCGGACGGCGUGCGAGGGGCGGAUUCCGACCUCAUCGACGCGCUACCGCACCUGGAGAUAGUCUCAAGCCACAGUUCAGGACUGGACAAGACGGAUUUAAACAAGUGCAGAGAGAAUGGUAUACGUGUGACUUACACUCCGCACGCCAUGACCGACGACGUCGCGGAUCUGGCGAUUCUGCUGGCGCUGGCCACCAUGCGCCGAAUCUGCGGGGCUGAUACGUUUGUGAGGAGAGGUGAGUGGACGAACGCCGACUUUAACUUGACUGCCAAGUUCAGUGGCAAAUCAGUCGGCAUAAUUGGAUUAGGCAGGAUCGGGUCAGCCAUUGCUAGAAGAGCUGAAGCUUUUGGCUGUUCAAUCAGUUACCACUCACGGCAGCCGAAGCCGAACUUGCGGUAUAAGUAUUGCUCCUCUGUAAUUGACUUAGCCUCAAACUCUCAAAUCCUCAUUGUGGCAUCCGCAUUAACACAAGAAACUCACCACAUUGUCAACCGAGAGGUGAUCGAUGCUUUAGGAGAGGAUGGAAUCAUCGUCAACAUUGCAAGAGGUUCCCAAAUUGAUGAAUCAGAACUGGUUUCAGCUCUUGCUGAGAGACGACUAGGAGGAGCCGGGCUAGAUGUUUUGGAGCAUGAGCCUGAAGUGCCCGAUCUGCUCUCCAAGCUCGACAAUGUAGUCCUCUCACCCCAUGUGGGUGCAAACACUUCCGAAACCCGGAAAGCCAUGGCCGACCUUGUUGUUGGGAACCUUGAAGCAUACUUCUCCAACAAACCACUCCUGACUCCAGUUUUGUGAUUCUUGUCUUUGUUGCUCGGAUAGUGCCUCAUUUAUCAUAGAACUUUGUACGAAGAUCAUCUUGAGGUUAUGUAUUUUCACUUGGAACAUGAUUAGUGGUAAUAAACUAACCAAAUAUUAGAAAAAGAAACAUCAAGGGUGCAAAUUCAAGUCCCAUAUUAGAAGAUGUGAAAAAAAUUCCACAUCUUAUAAGUUUCAACUGAAC